AUGCGCGCACCUUGGACUCCCCCGCAGGCGUACGAGAGCCGGCCCAUUGCCAUUCUGGGCGCUGGUGUGUUGGGUCGUCGCAUUGCAACUUGCUGGGUCUCCGCCGGAUGGACCGUCAAGAUGAGAGACCCUAGCGUCGAGCAGGGCGAAGCCGCCGUCAAGUUCGUUGAGGAGAAUGCGCCAUCAUAUGCUGAGAAGACUGGCCGCGCGCUGGGCAAAGCGGAGGCAUACGAGAAGCUGGAAGACGCUCUGGAGGACGCAUGGCUGGUCAUCGAGGCCGUCCCGGAGAAGCUCCCCAUCAAGAUCGACACGUUUGCCGAGCUGGAGCGCCUUGCGCCCAACGAUGCCAUCCUGGCCAGCAACUCUUCCUCGUACAAGUCGUCGGAAAUGCUCGACAAGGUCUCUGAUGACACCAAGGCCCGCAUCCUGAACACGCACUACUACAUGCCGCCGACGGCGAUGGCGGUCGAGCUGAUGACGGACGGAUACACUGCGGAAGAGAUCUUCCCUUUCCUGACGGAGAGGCACAGCGAGGCUGGACUGGUGCCCUUCACCGUGGCCAAGGAGUCGACGGGCUUCAUCUUCAACAGGCUGUGGGCUGCCAUCAAGCGCGAGAUCAUGACCAUCAUGGACGACGGCGUUGCCACGCCCGAGACUAUCGACGCCAUGUGGGCGACCAUGUUCGGCACGGAGAAGCCGCCGCCGUGCAGACUCAUGGACAGUGUCGGUCUUGACACUGUCGCUUUCAUCGAAGAGCACUACAUCAAGGAGCGCGGCCUCUCGGGCGAAAAGACGGUCGACUUCCUCCGCAAGAACUACAUCGACCAGGGCCGCCUGGGCAGCAAGUGCGCCAAGGGCGGCCUGCACCCGCCGGCGCCACCGGCGGCGACGACCAGCUCUGCCGCGGCGAAGCAAACCAGCGGCCCCCGCAUCCUCGCGCUCGACAUCGGCCUCUCCAGCGUGACGCACCCGGUCAAGAGCGCGGGCUCGGUGCUCGAGCUGAGCGCCGACGGCAAGAUCACGCGCGUGCUCGCCGAGCGCCAGUCGCUGCCCGACGGCAUCGACAUCAGCCCGGAGGGCGACCGCAUCUUCUGGACGUGCAUGGGCGACCCGGGCGUCAACGACGGGGCCGUCUACUCGGCGAAGCCCGACGGCAGCGACGUCAAGGAGAUUGUGCCGCGCGGCGCGGUCAACACGCCCAAGCAGCUGGUGGUGGACCCCGUGAACCGCAAGCUGUACUUCUGCGACCGCGAGGGCAUGCGCGUCUUCCGCUGCGGGUUUGACGGAUCGGAGCUGGAGAACAUAGUCAAGAACGGCGACUGGGAGAAGGACGACGAGGAUGUCUUCAAGUGGUGCGUCGGCAUCUCGGUCGCGCCGCAGAUGGGCAAGUUCUUUUGGACGCAAAAGGGCCCGUCCAAGGGCAACAAGGGCCGCAUUUUCUCGGCCGGCAUCGCCAUGCCGGCGGGCCAGACGGCAGAGACCAGAUCCGACAUCGAGGUCGUUGUCGACGCGCUGCCCGAGCCCAUCGACCUCGAGCUCGACGAGAAGUCCUUGACGCUGUACUGGACGGACCGCGGCGAGCUGCCCAGCGGCAACACGCUGAACAAGGUCGCGCUGACGGCGGAGGGCAAGGCGGCGGGCAAGCACGCCAUCCUGGCCAAGAACUUCAACGAGGCGAUUGGCUUGAAGAUUGACCAUGCGAAUGGCCAUAUCUACGUCGCGGAUUUGGGUGGCAGUGUCUAUCGCUGCAAGAUGGAUGGGUCGGAGAAGACGCGGCUGUUCUUGGAUGACGAGCGCGCGAUUACGGGCGUGGCGCUGUUGUUCUAG